AUGGACGUCCGCGACUACACACGGUUUAUCAGGCUCAUAGGCACAUGGCAAAAGGACCCUACUGAGCUACUAUUCAAACAAUCGCGAAUGCACCUCUUACACCCCGUUUCGCCCGAUCCACGACCAGCCUUGCUCUUCUUGCGUCAAGUGGUCAACAGCACACAUCCGUUUUCACAAGACAUCCUCAAUGCGAAGAAUGCCCGCGUCCAAAUCAUGAUUUUCUGGUACAUCGUCUGGGCCGCUCAAGCCUUAGCAAGGCAGGGCUUGGCUGUAGAGGCCGGGGAGCUAAUUGACAUUGGCGUGCAACACUAUCCUGUCAUCUUCUGCAAACCCGGAUAUUUCCCCAACACUCGGGUGACCAAUAGCGAUCUUGACCUCCCCAGGUCGCAUGGUCUCACAUCUCGUCUUGGAUUUGGUAGCACUCGCUAUGGUGCCGAAGACGAGGCUCGGGAGUUGCAACGUAUCCAGGUUUUGCGCGAACCUAGCUAA